UUUCUUUACAUAUUAUUUCUCUGUUAACUUGAAUGUCAUAUUUUAUUCUCAAGUAUAUAGACUAAAAAAAAUACCAUACUGAAGUGUAUUGAAAUAUUAGUACCCCACAGUCAACUAUGAAGAAUUGUGUGUAUUGGAUUAUAAUUAUUUUAUCCUUGGUUUUAAUUGUGGAGACAGCUUGUACAACUGAAAACUGUCGACAGAUAUGCUCACAGAACUGUAUGAUGAGCUGUAGUGACUCUGGAACGUGCUAUGGUGGUUGUCGACAUGGCUGGAAAGGACAAAGUUGUGACCAAGCAUGUGAUGAUUAUACAUAUGGACCAAACUGUGGCCGGAGCUGUGGUCACUGCCGUAACGACGAGGCUUGUGAUGUUCGGACAGGUGUAUGUCGGAAUGGUUGUGUCGCUGGCUGGAGAGGACAACUCUGUAAUGAAUCAUGUGCAGCGUUCACGUUUGGUUUUGAUUGUAUGGGACGGUGUGGUCACUGUAGACAGGACAAGAAGUGUAAUCUGAUGACAGGCCAUUGUAGCUCAGGGUGUAAACCUGGGUGGACAGGAGAAGGGUGUGACCGUGAAUGUGAGCCUGGUACUUUCGGUAUAGAUUGUGCUUUGACAUGUGGGCGUUGUUCAGGUAACGGAUCAUGUGACCACGAAACAGGAUACUGUACCAAUGGUUGUAGAGAUGGUUGGUUGGGAAGUAAAUGUAACAGAAAGUGCUCUCCUGGUUAUUUUGGAACCGGUUGUCAGUUGCAUUGUGGAAAGUGUGCAAAUGGAACUUGUAAUCACGUGAAUGGUAAAUGUGGUUCUGUGUGUUCUGCAGGCUAUAAUGGACAAAUGUGCAACAAUAAGUGUACUAAUGCAACAUACGGUGCAAACUGUGGCAGUAAAUGUGGACAAUGUCGUGAUGAUGCAGACUGUGACCCGAUCAGUGGCAUGUGUACGUUUGGGUGCGAUCCAGGGUGGCAGGGACUUAGAUGUCAACAAAGUUGUCCUGCUGGGUACUAUGGGAAUGCUUGCAUAUAUAGAUGUGGAUUCUGUGCUCCAGGUACAACAUGUAACAUCUCCGACGGCUCAUGUGACCAGGGAUGUGAGGUCGGCUACACUGGUUUACGUUGUCUUGAUGAAACUGGAGAGAAAGCCAAACUAGACAUGAAGAACUUGAUAAUACCAGUUUUAGUUUCCUGUAUUGGUGUCCUUGUAGUUUUGUUCACAGUAACAUUGGUGUAUUUCAUAUUCAUACGUCCACGCCAUGGAAGACUGUUCAGUAGAUUUUACAGGUUAACUACAAGAAGCUAUCAGGAUCCAGAAAGCCACAUUUAUGAACAAGUUGUUUGUGGGCCAUGGGAACUUAAUAAGUAUAAUCUUGUAUUGACCAAUGAAAAACUCGGAACUGGACAGUUUGGAAUGGUAAAGAAAGGAUAUUUCAAGAAAGAUCGAGAUCAUAGGCUUCCAGUAGCUGUUAAAUCUUUGAGAGAUAAUGCUUCAGAAAAGGACAAAAACGAUUUUAUGAAUGAAUUGAACAUCCUAAAGAAAGUUGGACAACAUCCGAAUGUCGUUUGUUUAGUUGGCGCUUGUCAUAUACAAGGUACGAUGUAUUUAGCCAUGGAAUUCGUUAAGAAUGGAGACCUACGAUCAUACCUGAGGAAACAAAGGAAAGCUAAACAUAACCUGUAUGCUAAUACUAAGAUCAUUUCGCCAGUACAACAGACCAUGCUUCUUAAAUUCGCCUUAGAUGUAUCGUCAGGUCUUAAUCAUUUGGCCGAUAAACAGAUUAUUCAUAGGGAUCUAGCAGCUCGAAAUGUUUUACUAGAUGAAAACUUGACAGCAAAGGUAGCUGACUUUGGUUUGUCCAAACACGAAGACACAUAUGUAAAGACUUCAAAUACGCGAGUUCCAGUAAGAUGGAUGGCACCCGAAUCUUUAUUCAAUGCGUUGUAUACAACACAGAGCGAUGUUUGGUCCUUCGGUAUUUUAUUAUGGGAAAUAGCUACUUUGGGUGGAACACCAUACCAUGGACUUGAUACACAACAAAUGUGCAACUUGUUAAAGCAAGGAUUUAGAAUGAGACGACCAGAGAAUUGUGAUCCUUCAUUGUAUGCCAUGAUGCUUCAGUGUUGGAAUGAGAAACCAGAAUGUCGGCCAUGCUUUUCUGAGUUAAUGAUGAGACUACAAAGAAUGUUAGAUGACAGUCAAGUUUACAUGAACAUUGAAAUAAAUGAAGGAAAUCAUUAUGCUGAAAUAAAAUAACACAGUCCAGCAAAUUAGCUUAUCAAAUCGAUCAUCAUCGAUGAUGGACCAAUUACAAUGUUACAAAACCAUCCAUACUGUACAAAGACAUAUAGCAAAGUACAUACUGUAGCAACAUGCAAAAAAGCUAUGUUAAUUACCAGACACAUAAACAGUUCAGAGAAUGCAUCGAAGUAGUCCACUUUUAUGAACUUCAGACUGUUCAAGUAUUGCCUGUAAGGAAUCAAGUAUUUCAAGACGAUUAUCAAAAUGGACUUAAUAUUUUAUAUUACUAUACAGUAAUAUAUGGUUGAAAUCAUUGACAUUCAUUUAUUUACUGCUUGCAUAGAAAAUCUUAUUUAGAACAUUUAUGAGCUUUGCAAUCAUUUGCAUUCUGUAUUCAUUGUUAAUCAUCUGUCAUCACAAAAAGAAUUGCUUCAUCUCAUUGAGUAACAGCUGCAUCGAUAUCCUUUCUAGACAUCUAAGAAUAUUCUAAUUGUAUUCAACUUACUUUGGUUUCUUGCUAUUUCUUUUUAUUUUAAAAUAUUGCUUUCAGGCCCAUAGCCAAGAGGUCACUGAGAGUGUUAUUUGUGGUCAUGAAUCAUGAAAAACUGACUUUGAUAUUCAAACACUAAUCGGAAUCUCGACUUUGUCUUUUCUGUUUUCAGAGGGAGUUCAAGGUGUUAUUAAAUACCUUUUAGAAUUCAUUGGUUAAACAUACAAUGAUAUAUUCUUAUUAGGGAAUCUGAUUUGAUCAUUUUUAGGUUCAUGAAUCUGUGUUUAUUCUAGAUUAUAUGUAAGUUUGAAUCAAAAGUGUAAGUCUAGGCCAUAUAUCUAUGUGUUCUAUAACAGAAAAUACCUCAGAACAUUUAGAAAUACAGUACAUGUAGUAGAUUAUAUGCGAUACAAAAUAUGUAGACAUAGCCCGAUGUCAAGCUUUAGAUCAUGUUUGCCUUGUGAAAUAAUUUCAUCAUCAACAAAUAUUAAUUGCUUAGUAUUUAUCAUGUUUAAUAAUCAUAUUUAUUGUGUAUUUAGUAUUUUAUUAUUGUUGGAAUAUGUUUCUGUAUAUUUUACACAUUCUAGUUUUACUCUUGCCAUAUCUUGUUUCGUUACUUUAUGUAAAAUAUUUGUAAAUAUAAAUAAAGUGCUGGUCACUUAUUAGAUGUUGAAUAAAAUAAACAAGAUAGA